CCACCCACCAAUGACGUAAACAUUAAGCGACAGUCUCUGGGUCUGUGUAUCGGCUGUUAACAGCAGAUUCUUCUUUGUUGUUGUUUGGUUUUAACUCCCAUGUGGACUCAUCUUCAGGUAGGACACGCCGUAUUGUCCUGUCUUUAACCGCUUCAGCUCCUCUCGACGCCGACAGCUCGCAGGAAGCUGCUGUUUUAACCCGCAGCUCAGGCUAACUGCUAGCUCCCUUUCACCAUCAGCUCUUAAUGUAUGCGGAAAGCGCAACCAUUGCGGAUGUUGUGCAGAUUAAAAAUGCGCAGCGAUGCGACACAGAACAGGAGAAGUGCCGCGAAAAAAGCAAGCAGAAGUAUUAUGGCGGUUAAACGUAACUGUUAGCGGUGUUUUGUUUUGUUUUGUUUGUGUUUCAGGUUUGGAGGAGAGUCUCCACCUGCAGGAUGCUGGUGUGUGUCAGAUAGAUGGAGGGGUUCAUGUAGCCCUCACCCUGCACCCUGUAUGGGGUUUUAAUAACACAGUAGUGGAAUUGAGAAUGGCUGAAAUGCACUUAAGGCGCCAGAAAUAGACAUUAAAGUGUCUAUAAAUGUACAAUCGGAGAACAUGAUUAUUUUAAUUAUCUUUAUUCAACUAUGACCUAGACUUUUAUAAGGGAUACUGUAAAAAACAGUAUUAAAAGACUGUUACAUUUUAUAUUUCCUAAAAGGAGAGGAAAAAAAUCACUUUAGAGUGUCUGUUUAUCCACAUUCAAUCACAGCCAUGUUAGAGUACCGGCUUCAUAUGAGACUUUGAACUGUAGUUAAUGGGGAGGGGGCUGCCAGUACCAGAAUUGGCCUGCCAGUCAGUUCUGCUCUAAACCAGGUCUGAUCCAUGACUGAGUACUACGAGGAGGGGGGGCUGCUGUACGAGCAAUCACCUCCCAUGCACAUCAAAGUGGAGUCCCCGGAGGGAGCCUUUGGAGGGGCGGCCUCUGAGAACGGCUUCCCCAGGGAGGAUGAAGACUCGGAGAACAGCUGUGACCAGACCAGCGCCUUACCUGGAGGACUUCCCUUCAACGUGGUGGUGGUGCAUCCCAACAUCAUGGCACCCGGCAUGUCCUCGGACGACCUCUUAUCCAUUGAGCAAAACAGAGCCAUGUCAGCUGCGCUGGCGGCUGGAGGAGCGGGUAAAAGGAAGAGCCGUUUCAGCGGGGCGGAGCUGGAGGUGCUGGUGUCAGAAGUCACCCGGUGCGAGGGAGAGCUCUUUGGUCCCGCUGGAAGGCUCCGGCGGCGAGAGAGAGAGCGCAUCUGGGCGGGGAUCCUGGAGAGAGUCAACGCCGUGUCCAGAGUGCCACGUACGCUUCGAGAAGUGAAGAAGCGCUGGGAUGACCUGAAGAGGCGCAACGGAGGCAGGCUAGCGGACGCCCGCCAUCGCAGCUGCUAUCUGCCAUCCAGCAGGGGGGCUUCGAUGCUUGCCCGCUCCUCUCAGCUGAGUCCGAGGCUCCAGCAACAGAGGCAGAAGCAAAGCAGCAGACCAAAGCCCAUUUUCCCCUGCUUCCCUGACUCUGACCCAGGUAUAGGAGUGGACGGUUCAGAAAGGGAUGCUUUGGAGAAAGAAGAGGACAUUCCUGAGCGUGAGAGAGACAUGGGAGAGCCUGAGUGUGAGCCAGUGGAAAACAGCAUAGAUGACAAACUGGGACUGGGGCUGGGGCUGGGAAUAGGACCUCCACCUUCAUCAGAACGAUGGCUCCCUCCUUCUCCUCUUUACAGUGCUCCCUUCCUGAACGGCAGCCCCCAGCCCAGCAGCCCCCAACCAUCACUCGGGACACAGCAGGGUCCUCUUGAAGCCCCCCCUCGCAGCUCCUGGCUUGAAGAUGAGCUUCGAGGGUUAGGGGAGGCUGCCAUUCAGCUGGGGAAUCGGGUCGAGAAGAGCCUGCGGGAGUUCGGUGAUAGCUUCAGACAAGACAUGAGAACCCUUGUUGCUUCACAAGAGGCUCUAGCAGUCAGUCUGCAGCAAAACAAUGUCCUCUUGCAAAGGCUUCUGGGAGUGCUCGAAGCCCAGCAUCAACCGCAACCCCAGCAGCAUCGGGGCCAACAGGCGCACCUCUCACAAACACCUCAACAGCAGCACUUACAGCCACAGCAGCUGCAGCACAUAGAACAACAUCUGCUGCAACAACAGCAGACACAGCAGCAUCAAACACACCUACAACAGCAACCGCAGGUAACCCAACACUCCAAUAAUCAGCCAGCGGUAGCGGUGGCUUUAGCGCCAUCACCCCCAGAAAUACACGGCACUUUUUCUCCUGAUCCAGCCGCAAACACGAGCGGAAACCUGCACCGGCCACGGCGAGGGAGGGCUCUUGACCACAGGCGCAGAAGACGGCGCUGAGAAUGUAUUUAAAAACUGUUGGUGUUUGACAAUGUGAUGCUCUUUUUACUUGCAGUAUUUCUGUAAUAAUUAAUCGCUAUAUCCUGUUUCACAUCUCACUCCAUAUCUGUAAGCCAUUGUGUAUUUAGGUCUGUUUUCCUGAAAGGACUGAAGCAGUUUGAUGAAGUAGACUCAAGAUAAUAGGGUGGCCUUAACAUUACCUUGGUUCCACAAAAAACGUUUCCAUAAAUCUGUGUUAAAGACUUUAGAGAAAAUAUUUAAACAACAAAGUGAUGGCUUCAAUCAACAAACUUUCCCAGAAAAAAAACAGCUUACAAUAGUCUCUGAUGCUCAGUAUGCAUGUUUCUCUGCAAAGUUCAAGAUUCAGACCUGACAGUUUUCCCUGACUAAUUGCAUCAUCAUAAAGCACUUGUGAUCUGCACUUGUUUCCAUAAAUUGUAGUUUUGCAGCUGUUGUAAGUACCUUCUACUGUAUGCUUGUGCUUUUUGAUUUUGGCCGGUGGGGGUUGUUUCUGUGCCCUUGCAGGAUGGAAAUGAAGGUCGGAAAAAUAAGGAAAUUUACGAAGAACCGGAACUGGGGCUCUUCUGUUCGAGGCAUUUGGUCGCCAUUAGGCAUGGGCCGGUAUAAGAUUCUCUUCGUAUGAUAACUUUAAGUGUAAAUACCAAGUUUAAAAGAAAAUUUGACUACCUAAUGUAAUUGCUUUGGUUAAAAACCAGCUCGUCGCUGCAGUUUUAUAACACUGUUACCUUCAUAAGGGUAAAAGGUAGUGCUUCUUUAGUUUUUCACACCAUGACCAUCCUUAUUUUUGUGACCAUAAAUGGGUGAAUUUUCUUUCUUGUAAUCAAGGAAACCGUAUAGGACCUCUCUUUAAGCCAUCUGACCAGCAGUAAGCAGAAAUUGCUGGAGGAGGGGAAGCCCUGUGGUAUUCUGUGCUUCGACCUGAAAGAGAAAACGGCUCUGACUCCAAUCCGUACCUUCUCUGGUACUUUGUGCAAAAGGGCUAUCAAACUGACCUUUCACGUUUUACUUUGACAACAGAAUCAGGGCCUUUCCAGACCAGUUGAGGUAAAUUAAUUAUUUUUUGUGUUAAUUAUUUUUUCAUCGUGUUAAAUUAUUUUUUAACAAAAGUUUGCCAAGUUUUUGUGUUCAUUUAAUUUCCACGGGGAACCUGGGAAUAUUUCCAAACAGGUAUAUUGUUUGUUUUCUUUUAGGGGAAAAAAGUGUUGGAGCCAGCUGACCGGAAGUGUGUAGCAAUAAGUCUGGGUAAAUCUGAGCUGGGAAAAAACUCUGGUCACUCCAAUACUUUCUCUGGCAUUUUGGGUUUUUUUUUUUCUUUAAAAAGGACCAGUUGAUGAUAUCUGUAACCAGCCCAUGCCUAGUCACCUCAUGCUUGCUCUGUUUUAAUAGUUUCAUGAUACUUUUCCAGGUUCUGGUUGGACAGCAUUAAGCUAUGUUCUGAAAGUGCAUUUUGAGACAAAAUUUUUAUAUUUUAAAGAGUUUAAAAUAUAAAAAAAAAAAAAACAGAUAUAGACAUCACAGUAUGAUUCAGAUUUCAGCUCGUGUUUAUGAUGAACUUUUAAAGCAUUCCUUAAUAUCUAGCAGCUAUUGAUAAUCUUGCAUGCAGUAUCAUGGACGUGUUUGUAAGUAGUUACAGAAAGCAUUAAAUCGCCAUCAUCUAUGUGGUUUUGCACAAGUUAUAUUUUGUAGAUAGAUGCUGUCGGAUAAAAUGUAACUAAACUUAAUAAAAUACAACGAUGGGCUGCAAAAAGCAA